CCCUCGGUCACGCCGGCCGGGCGCCCCGCCCUCCACCUGUCCCCCAGCGAGUACGACAUCCACGGGUUCCGGACGGUGCCCGAGGACGACGAGGAGGAGCAGCUGGUGGCCAGGGUCCGCGCCCUGGACCUGAAGACCCUGCACCUGGCGGAGACCCAGGAGGUGUCCACGGGGGUCAAGUGGGAGAACUACCUGGCCGGCACGGUGAACAGGGAGCUGGCCCGCGGCCCCGAGCUCAAGGGCCUGAUCCGCGCGGGCAUCCCGCACCAGCACCGCUCGCGGCUGUGGAAGUGGUGCGUGGACCUGCACACGCGCAAGUUCCGCGAGGCCGCCCCGCCCGGCUACUUCCAGGCGCUGCUGCGGGAGGCGCUGCAGCGGCCGAACCCGGCCUCCAAGCAGAUCGAGCUGGACCUGCUGCGCACGCUGCCCAGCAACAAGCACUACCGCUGCCCCGAGUCCGAGGGCGUGCAGAAGCUGCGCCACGUGCUGCUCGCCUUCUCCUGGCGCAACCCCGACAUCGGCUACUGCCAGGGCCUCAACCGGCUGGCGGCGGUGGCUCUGCUGUACCUGGAGCAGGAGGACGCCUUCUGGUGCCUGGUGGCCAUCGUGGAGGUCUUCCUGCCCCGCGACUAUUACACCAAGACGCUGCUGGGCUCCCAGGUGGACCAGCGCGUGUUCCGGGACCUGAUGAGCGAGAAGCUGCCGCGAGUGCACGCGCACCUGGAGCAGCACCAGGUGGACUACACGCUCAUCACCUUCAACUGGUUCCUGGUGGUCUUUGUGGACAGCGUGGUCAGCGACGUCCUCUUUCGGAUCUGGGACUCCUUCCUGUACGAGGGCCCCAAGGUCAUCUUCCGGUUCGCCCUGGCCCUUUUCAAGUACAAGGAAGAAGAGGUCCUCAGGCUGCAGGACUCCACGUCCAUAUUCAAGUACCUGCGGUACUUCACGCGCACCGUCCUCGACGCUCGGAAGCUCGUCAGCAUCUCCUUUGGGGACCUGAACCCCUUCCCGCUGCGCCAGAUCCGGAACCGGCGCGCCCACCACCUGGAGAGGGUGCGGCUGGAGCUGACGGAGCUGGAGGCCAUCCGCGAGGACUUCCUGCGGGGGCGCGAUGCCAGCCCCGACAAGGGCGAGCUGGGCAGCGACGAGGAGGAUACUUAGCGCCGCAGGCCGGCCGCCCGCAGGCGUGUCCAGGCGUCUCCGCCCAGGCCCUGCCUCUCCUGCACCCCAGUCCACCGGGCUUCCCGUCCCUGCCGAUCCCCACCACUGUCGUCACCCUUUGGGGGCGGCUCUGGAGGCUCCCGGAGUCUUGCCCACCAGCACCCACCCUGGGAGCAGACUGGCCCUUGGUCUGCAGCGCCGGGCUGUGGGUCUCCUGGGGGCACUGGAAGUGCCGCCCUGCAGGGGUUGGAGACACGGGUGCAGGGACGGAGGCCUGGGACCCCGCGAUUGACUCUCCCAGCAGCACCCAGAGGGAGGGGCCCACCUCGCUGACACCCCAGCGAGACCACAGCAGCCUGAGGCCCCGCCCCACUGGGGACCCCAAAAUGUGACCUAGGGGGUGUUUACGGCCUGUGUUAAUACUUUUGUAUAUUUUCACUACAGUUUAUAUUUUUAUAGCCUAUUUUUAUGAAAGCGUUUCUGGAUUUUCUACAUCUAUUUUGUACGGCACUGCCCCGCCUAUGUGUCUGCACCCCACCCCGCCUGCAGGGGGCGCCCCUGUGGGCCCACACACUGGCCGCGCUCAGCGGCUGGGCCCACCGGGGUAGCGUCCUCCGCCCCGCCCCCACGGGGCCUGCACCUCCUGGCCGGCUGUGCAGGACGGGGCGCCCCCUCUGACCGCAGCUUCCUCGCUGACCUUCAAGUUAAGUGUUGGAAAAUGACUAAAUGCCUAAAGCAGAAUAAACAGCUCAUCUGUAUAAUG